GGUAUUUCAAGAAAUUUUUUUUAAAAAAUAAGUCAAGUAAGUAAAACUAAAACUUAAUGUAAUUUUUUCGGUAGUAGAAUUGGAUACCGAAAUCUUUUGAGUCAAGAAUCAUUUUUUGAUAGCAGUUGAUAAUAUGUAGUAACAACAAUAACAGUAGGGAGUUAAAAUCACAACAAUGAUCAUUAUAAAUGGCACUUAUUAGAUGUCUGUCUAAAAACCAAAAAAAAAAUAAAAAAAAAAAUACAUAUUAGUGUUCACUUGGUUAUGAUUACCAGUUAUUGUAGCCAAUUUUUGAAUAUCUUGUAGUGGUGUUUUUCAUGACAAGAUACAAUCAUACAUAUUUUUGUUAAACUUUAAAAUAGCAUAAACAAUACAAAUAUUUCAAACAUUUAAUGAAAAAAAUUAUUAUACUUUUUUGCCAAGCUUCUUAUUCUGGAUGACAGCAACUUUUCAUUUCAUGCAUUUUUUUUCUAUGUAAAAAAAAAAAAAAAAUAAUCUUGUACUAAUAUACAAUAUUUUAUAUGAAUUUUGAGUAUCUUGGCUUCAAAUAAGAUCUAUUGUAUUUUAAACUAUAUUUCUAUUUCACCAAUCAACAACAAUUUUGAAUCUUCUAAAUGGAUUUUUAUUUGUAUGCAAACAAAACAAAAUACUUAAAUACUAAUGAUAAGUACUUACCUAUUAUAAACAUAAAUUAAUUAACUAACCUUGGAUGGCUAUGAUGGAAUAAUAAUUGGGAGUUUCUAUUUCAUUAAUCGCCAAACCAUUGCGUGUAAAUACACAUUUAUCCGAAUGCUUAAACUUUAAUGUAGACCGAUUUUAUUUUUAUUCAUUUUUUCAUUUUCUUGGUUAGGUACUGUGCAAGAAGAAUUUUUUAGAGAUGCAUAUCACAUUUAUUUUCUAAUUGUUUGUUUGGUUUAGACAUUGCUAUUGUAGAAUUAUUAGAACCAUUGUUUUGUAUAAAUUGAUAUAUCAACAUUCAACAUUUAUUUAAUAGAAUUAACGACAAUUAAUAACAGAGCUGAUAGAUUUAAUUGACUGUUUUUAAUGGAAUCAAUUUCAAUUUGUUACAUAUAUAUGUUAAAGUUAAAACUUUAAAUCCCUCAAAACUAGUUUUAUCUAGUGAAAAAUAGUUUCCACAAAUCCCUUUAGUCAAUUCUAGUUUUUAUUAGUUAAAACUAGAAUUAACUAAGACCUUCACUGAUAAACUAGAUUUAACUUUUUAUUGUUCAGUUAGAACUACUUGUGUCUGAAAUAUAUUGGUGAAAACUAGAAUUAUCUAUCAUAAAAAACUUUAUUAACUUAAUUUUUAUUUUGAUAGCUUAAACUAGUUGCGCGUGACAAAUACACACACGUAGAGACAACAACUACAACGAAGACAAACAAAUUGGCAAAGCUGAAAACACUGGGACAAAAGCUACAGCAAAUUAUUAUCUAUUAAAUAUAAUUGGUCGAAGUUAGCAUAUUUAAAAGUGAUUCAAUGGAUGACUGGUUAAAGUUAUCUUAAUUGAAUUGAUAGCCGGCCAGUUGAAUUUAUAGAGCAAUAUUUAUAGAUUGCAUGUAAUUACGUGCGUUUUAGGUAGUGCAGGUUGAAGUACAUGAGUUUCAGUAAAAAUUAGUUUUGACUGACUUAUUUAAAUCUGUAGUUAAUUCUAAUUUUAACUAGUCAAAACUUUUCGAGUUUUAACUGUAACACAUACAACAAAACAAAUCAUUUUAAAUAUAAUAAAAUUGUGUUCUCUCAAUUAUCUAAAUGAUCAUUUUUUAUGACGACUAGGUAGAUAUAUCCUGGAAUGAAAAUAAUAUACCAGCUAAGCAAAUUUUCACAUCCGAGUGUUUUUUGUAUUUGAAACACAAACUGUGGUACCUCCGACCACUUCGAGUAAUGGCCUAUGGUUUAAAAGAAUCUAUUAGUACGCAAAUAAUCGAAAAUAAAAAUAUAAUUUACUUACCAUUUUUAAAAAAAAAUAUGAGGAUGAAAACUAUUCGACCGAAAUUAAAACCUAUCGUUAAAUUCAACUAUCGUUUUUUUUUUUUUUUUUUAUCUGUAACAGUCCAUUUAAAAUAUUAAAAAUACCUAAACGCUUUAAAUGUUUAAAAUCAUACCUAAUUAUAAUUAAUUAUUAAGUUUUAUCGUUGAAUACAUAACGACAAUAUUAAUGUACAUAAAACUCUUAUCUAAUAUUUUGUUAAUUUGUGAUAAAACCAAAAACCAGAGGUUCCCAAAAUUUUUCGGAUAGUAACAGGAUACCAUAGUACCACUGUGCUAGUACUCCAUAAUUGUGGUUUAAUAGUAUUUAUUCGAGUACUACAGUAUCUAAGUAGUAUUAUUAAUAAUUAUCGGUUUAUAGUGUUUAUAAUUGUGUACUCACAUGUCUACAUAUAUGUGUAUAUAUACACCUACAUACAAUAUCUUAUUGUGUGUUGCGUCUGUGGUUGUGGCUGUCAUGUACCUAGUCACGAGCGCUACACAUGUACCACACGACAGGACCAAAUGACGAAAAAAGAUAAAAGCAAAAAAAAAAAAAAAAAAUAGCAAUCGUUAUCAGCUGCUGGCCGUCGCCGUUUUACUACGUCUGCCCGUUUUCAGCGGAAUCAAAACAACUCUUGUUUCCGCUGUUCGGCCGCACACCGGCGCAAUGUGUUCGCGAUUCGCUGCGGCAUGGCGAGUGCCCGUGUCCAUGCCAUGAUGUCAUCGUCGUUGCACAACCGGCAGAAACCCUGAAAUAUUGUUGUAGCACCUACCUACUUAUUAUCGGCCGUCCGAUUACGAUAUUAAUAUGUAUGUUAUUAAGUAAUAAAUCGAUCGUUGUUGUUGCAUCAUCGGCUGAUCACGCGAUAAACUCCGCCGCGGAUCCCGUGUCACCCUCCGGUCGACCACGACCGACGAACGUGUGAGUAAACGAAUACAAUACGAAACAAUUUUUUUAUAAUUGCACCGCCGCUACGCGCGAUAAUGAUUGUAUUGUAUAAUGCCUUGUAACCUUUAGUAAGCACACUCGAUUUAAAAUUACUGUUGGUCACGAUGCAAACACGCCCACGAACUUAAUAACUCAACAAUAAUAAUCUACCCAAUUUUGUUAGAAAAAAAAAAAAAAAAAAUAAAAAAAAAAAAUAAUAAUGAUAAUCUUAUGUAGGUAAUAAAAUAAUAAUACUUAUUUAUAAUUAUCGAUGUUCGUUGUUAAUCGUUUAGGGACCGUUUAAAUUAUAACCAGUAAACGGUUUUGCGAAUCAGUGCCCGGCGACUUCUCGUGCUGUGUACGCCAACCUAACGUGGAAGACCCGUUGACUGGCAGAAUUGUUUGGCCGAGCGGACAGACGGCGACAAAUGGAGUUCACGGAAGCCGCAGCGGACAAUCGACAUCAAUUCGCGGUGACGCGUAAAACCGCGCACGGGGAAAUGCCACAAAUAGCGGACGUGGUCGAUACGACGACGACGAUGACGACAACGUCGCCACUAGUCGGUCUGGUCAGCGGAUGCGCGGGUGCCGUGGCCCUGGUGUACGUGGGUCAACCGUUGGACACGGUGAAGGUGCGUAUGCAACUUUCGACGGCCACGCACACGAGUUCGUCCAGUAGCGUGUCCAUGUGGGGUUGCGUUCGUGAUAUGUGGCGCCAAGCGUCCGUGGCUCCUGCGUCCCAACACGGUCGGCCGAAUAACACGACCGCCUUAGUUGGCGGUGGGUUGCAUGUCGGGGCAUGCUCUUUGCCGUACGCGACCGCCGGGAGCGUCGGCAAAAUUGCCGCCGCCCGCCGGAUGACGCGGCUCAUGUAUGCCGGCACGGCCCCCGCACUGAUGGCCAACGUUGCUGAAAACGGUGUACUGUUCGCGGCGUACGGUCCGUGCCAGCGUUUGGUGGCGUUUACCAUAGGACUGUUCGACGGCAGUGGCGGAGUCGAUGUGGAAAAAAAGUUGGGGCCCGCCGGUAUGGCCACGGCUGGUAGCUUGGCGUCAUUUUGCUCCGCGUUCGCACUGUGCCCCACCGAAUUGAUAAAAGUCCGGUUGCAGGCGGCCGAUCUGGAGAGGUCUAACGGUGCGGCGUCUGGCAAGAGCCCAAUACCCGCCAGCAGUGCCCUGCAGGUGGUCGCCCGCGUGUGGAAGACCGAGGGUGGAUUGCGGGGCAUGUAUCGCGGAAUGGGAUCGACAGUGGCCCGCGAAAUGCCCGGCUAUUACGUAUUUUUCCUGGCGUACGAGGCUAGUCGCACUUUCUUAAAUGAAUGGCACCACGGGACGGCGGGCACUACUGCAAUGAAAACAAAGGCUGUAGCGGCGAGCGCUGGCCAUGGCGGCAACGCGGCGGAUCCGUCUUGGGUGACGAUGGUGGCCGGCGCGGCAGCCGGCAUUGGUCUCUGGCUGUUUGUGUAUCCUGUAGACGCUAUCAAGUCGCGCAUUCAGGCCUCUGGCGGCGGCGGCGGUGCCGAUACUUCUGUCAAUGGUAGUUUCCUGAAAACGUUAGUUCAGUCGGUGCGUAACGAAGGCCCGCUGGCCCUGUAUCGCGGCCUGGCGCCAACGCUCCUACGUACCGUUCCAGCGUCCGCCAUUAUGUUCUGGACCGUCGAGCGGACCACGACGCUCCUGUCCGGCUACGGACUGUGAUCGUAAUAUUAUGGUUUGUGUAGCUCCGUCCUGAUUUAUUCCUAUAUUUAUUAUUGUUGCUAUUAACCACCACAAAUAUUGAAUAUUAUCCUUCUUAAAUUAUACUUAUCAUCACAUCAUCAUAUACUGUAGUGUCGCCAAUGGUUGGCCAGCUACGGUUUCGAGACAAUCACAUAGUACAUGAUCCCAUUGAGUCAGUACAAAGAAAUUUCGCCCCAUUUUGAAUCUCGGCAUGUUAAUCAAUUAUAUUAUACACAGUAUAAAGUUUGUACUGUGUAGAUCAACUCGUCUUCCAUAAUAUUAUAUUGUAUGUCUCCUACCAUUAUAUUAUAAUUCCUAUAACAUUGCUCAGUAAUUGUUAUUCAAAGUUUUUUAAUUUUAACAAUGUUGUACCUACUUAAAUGUAGAUUUAGAAAUAUGUCAUAUUGUGUUAAUGGUGAUUCUAUUUUAUUAUAAUUAUAAUAUGUACUUAUCAAAAUUUAUGAUUGUUACUUGUACUUGUGUACUUACUGUUUGUGUUGUAAUUUUUUUUUUCUGCAAAGUUUUGACUGCAUCCCUUGAUAUUGUUUGUAAAUACUGUACCUAGUAACAUAACUUUUCUUGGUUAUGUUUAUUUUUAAACAGAAAAUUAUUAUUAUCAUUACUUUGAUUUUUAUACGUUAUGAAAUGUUGUGUAAUAGAGUUUAGACUGCUUAGAUAAAUAAUAUAUUGGUUAUUUUUGUUGUUCACUUCCCAUCCUUUAUUUUGUAUUUGUUAUUAUAAUCUAAAUAACUGGUCAAAUUAUACUAUAGGUUAUCAAAGUUAUACAAGAUAAUAAAGUUAACCUACUAUAAAUAUAAUUGUAUAAUAUUAUAAUAGUUGCUGUUAUUAACGAUUACUUAAUAAUUGAGUGGAUAAAAUUACAUAUGCUAUAAUUUGUGGAAAAGAACACUGCAUAAUUUUAAGCAUGGC